AUGGCAGAGACAUCCCUCAUCGCCGACCUCGCGUCGCGCUUCCCCCUCAACGUCCCCAUUCCCACGCCGGCAACACAUCCACAGCUCAUCAAAACCGGCGACCUCGCAGUCGAAGAGGACCUCUUGCACAACCCGGACAACCUCCGCGCAUGGCUUCAACACAUUGCCCAUAUCAAGGAGAGGAUAGGCAAGACUCUUCCUCCCAAGAACCACAACCCGUCUCCCGAGGAGCAAGUCCUGGGCCCUCUGGCCAGCCAGGCGGCGCGUGAUGGCCUGCAAGAGCUUGUGAUGGUGUACGAGCGCGCGCUCGGCGUCUUCCCCUCCAGCUACAAGCUGUGGAAGUCGUAUUUCCUCAUGCGCCAGUCGCACGUCCUUGGAGACCUUACCGAGGAUGCAAAGAAGGCGCGUGUCCACCAGGGCAAGCGCGGCGCAGCGUACAAGACCAACGUCAAGGAGAUUCUCGACGACGCCGAGUACGUCAACGAGUGGGAGGGCGGCCUCGACGGUGUGGUCGGCUAUGCCGAGUGGUGUGCCCUCUUCGCCACGGGAGAGCGCAUGCUCGGAUGGCUCGCACACCUGCCCGUCCCGUGGCUCCUCCACCUCUCCAUGAUCCUGCACCCAAAGUGCCCCCCGACUUUCCGCCGCACCUACGCCCGCAGGACGUUUGACCGCGCACUCCGCGCCCUGCCUCCCAGUCUGCACGGCCGCAUCUGGGGUCUGUACCUUCGUUGGGCCGAGAUGAUCGGCGGCGAGGCCGGCGAGCGCGUGUGGCGGAGAUACCUCAAGAUCGACUCGUCCCUCACCGAGCGUCACAUCACCUACCUCCUCGAGUCGGAGCCUCCCCAGCCCCUGGCCGCUGCCAAGUACCUUUUGUCCAUCGCACGGAGAGCCCAGCAGAACAUCUACAACUCGCUCGAGGGCAAGUCGCCAUACCAGCUGUUUGUCGAUUUCCUCGAGCUUGUGGAAAAGUAUGCCGACGACGUGGGUAUGGAUGAGGAGGAGACGCUCGAGCUCCACGCUACGAGGGAAGCUGUCGAGGGCGCUGUUUCGGGUGGUGGUGAUGCCGAGGGCGCGGCCAACGGAGACGCCGAGCAGCCCGCGAGCAUCGAGGGACGGUUGAUGCGUAUCGCUGGCCCACCCGUGCCCACCUCCGCUGCUGGCACGCUCCACAAGCCACCAGCAGGGUUUGGCGGCGGAAGCAGCUCUGUCGCACAACUGGCGUACGACGAGGACUCGGACCCAACAAGCAAACGACCCCUCGACGUCGAGGGUAUUGUGGAGCGCGACGGCUUGGAGGUGUACAAGGACCAGGCCGGCCGCUUGUGGACUGGUCUUGCGACCUACUGGAUCAAGCGCGGCGAGCUCGACCGUGCGACCGCUACCUUUGAGCGCGGUCUCGCUGCCGUUGUCACCAUUCGCGAUUUCACCCAGAUCUUUGACGCCUACGCCGAGUUUUCCGAGACCAUGGUGUCGACCCUCAUGGACGCCCUCGCCGACGAGGACAAUCUCGAAGACGAGGACUUUGACGUCGAGGAGACGGAGCAGGAGCUCGACGAGCGCAUGCAGGCGUUUGAAAAGCUCAUGGACCGACGACCAUUCCUCGUCAACGACGUGCUCCUGCGGCGUAACCCCAACGAGGUUGUCGAGUGGGAGAAGCGCGUCGCCCUCCACGCCGACGACGACGAGGCCGUUGUCGCCACGUACCUCCGCGCCAUUGACACCAUCAACCCGCGCAAGGCCACAGGCCCCCUGUACCCGCUCUACGUCAACUUUGCCAAGUUUUACGAAGAGGGUGGUAGCGUCGACGCCGAGACUGGCGAGCCCCGCAGCGAGCCCGAUAUCGAGGAGGCACGCAAGAUUUUCGACAAGGCCACAAAGGUGCCGUUCAAGUCGGUGGACGAGCUCGCCGAGGUGUGGUGCGAGUGGGCCGAGAUGGAGCUGAGCAAUGAAAACUAUGACGAAGCUGCGCGCUUGCUGCUGCGUGCGACGACUGUGCCCAAAAACACCAAGAUCGACUAUUACAACGACAGCCUGUCUCCGCAGACGCGUCUGUUCAAGUCGCUCAAGCUGUGGUCGUUCUAUUCGGACCUGGAAGAGUCGAUUGGUUCUGUCGACUCGACCAAGGCUGUCUACGACAAGAUCAUGGAGCUCAAGAUUGCCAACGCCCAGACCAUUGUCAACUAUGCCCAGUUCCUCGAGGAGAACAAGUACUUUGAGGAGAGCUUCAAGGUGUACGAGCGCGGUAUCGAGCUGUUCCACUUCCCCAUCGCUUUCGAGAUUUGGAACAUUUACCUGUCCAAGUUUGUCAAGCGUUACGGCGGCAAGAAGCUCGAACGCACUCGCGACCUGUUCGAGCAGGCCCUCGAAAACUGCCCCGACAAGUUCUGCAAGCCUCUCUACCUCAUGUACGCCAAGCUCGAGGAGGAGCACGGUCUUGCCAAGCGCGCCAUGGGCAUUUACGACCGCGCCGCCUCGACCGUCCAGGACUCGGACAAGUUUGAAAUGUUCACCAUCUACAUUGCCAAGGCUACGGCCAACUUUGGUCUCCCUGCCACGCGCCCCAUCUACGAGCGUGCCAUUGAGCAACUGUCCGACCGCCAGACGGCCGUCAUGUGCCGCCGCUUCGCCCAGAUGGAGCGCAAGCUCGGCGAGAUUGACCGCGCUCGUGCCAUUUACGCGCACGCCUCGCAGUUCUGCGACCCGCGCAUCAUGCCCGAGUUCUGGUCCGAAUGGAACGAAUUCGAGGUCGACACCGGUUCAGAGGACACCUUCCGCGAGAUGCUCCGCAUCAAGCGCAGCAUUGUGGCCAGCUACUCGACCGAGGCGGCGUUCAUCAACGCCCAAAAGGCCGCCGCUGCCGCCGGCACCAAUGCCGACAAGCCGACGGACAUUGCUGCCGCCGAGGCCAAGGAGGCCGCAGACCCCAUGGCGGCGAUGGAGCGCGAGAUGGGCGGCAGUGGUCGCGGCACUGGCGGCGGCGCGCCUGCGUUUGUUGCCUCGACACUCAAGCCCCAGACGCAGCACGAGGAGAUGGGCAAUGGUGUCGCCGAGGCGGCCAACCCCGACGCGAUCGAGAUUGGAGACGAUGAGUUUUAG